AUGUCGUUCGAGGCUCGUACGGCGUUUAAGGCGCUUUCGCCGCUGGUGCGCGACGACUCGAUCCGCGAGCUGAGCUCGCUGCUCGCCACGAACCACGCUUUGUACCACUGCUUCUUCAACGCGCGCGGGAUGCACAAUCACCUUGCGCACCAACUCAUCGCCGACGUGACGCUGGGUGCUACGCCCGCGGACCUGCGUGCGCACAUGCAGUAUCAGCGCGACCACUACCUGGGCGGCUUCAACCUCUCGCGUCGCGAGCGGUACGAUCCCCACACCACCGCCAACCUAUCUGUGCCUAAGAUUACAGACGAUAAUUGGGGCGAUCAUCUGGGUCGACCGAGUCACUACUGGACGUACCUGCACUUUUUUGAGCACAAGCUGCAGGAACGGGGUAUGGGGGGGGUGUUGGAGGAAUACGUCUUCAGCGCAGAAGCGAACGAGGGCGGGAGGGAGAUGCUAUCGCGUUGGUAUGGGGGCGUGCUGCAUGCGGCGAUCCACUUUGGGUAUGCGGUCGAGACGGAUGUGGUGGGCGUGGCGGCCGAGGCGAUGGCUAUGGCUGCGGUGACUGCGGCGAGGCAUACGUGGUUGACCCCGCACGACUGGCUGAUGCAAAAGCCGAGGGCGCAAAAGAGCCUGUUGGAGCUGGUGGGAGAGGUGCAAGCUGACGACCGAGUGGGUGUUGAUGCGCUAGGCCUGCGCGAGGCUGAUACGCCCCUCGUCGACGAGCCGUUCGAGAAAGGUGGGCGCGCGUAUGGUGUGGUGCACGAAUACAUCGAUGCCUGGAACGUCAGUGAUGCUAGUCAGGCCAGCUCCGAAGUGGCGCUGCUUGCAGCACUCAUGCUCGGCGCAGUGCCGCCCAAAGACGACGCUUAUCAUCACGAUUUCUUCCUGAUGCACGUGAACAACGUGCAUCUCUUCACGCCGCUGCUGCUCGAGCUGCUGCCUGCGUCGUCGCAUGCCGCGAUGUUGCGUGCACUCGGCGCACACUUGCUCUACUACUACCUCGUUCGUGGCCGACCCACCUUCACCUCCUCGCACUUUACCAACCCGCUGUGCACGCGCAAGUUGGGGUGGGACGAGAUGUUCAAAGCCUCGCGCGAGAGCGUCGACGAGCACCUUCCCAAAGCGGUACGCACGCUCUACAUCCACAGCCUCACCCAUCCACCCCACCCGCACCGCGGCCAACUCAACACGCUCCUUGGGCUGCCUCGCGACGAUACGGCGCUCGACGACGUGUACAGGGCCACAGCGCAGCAGAUGGUCGAUAUGCACACGGGCCAAAUCCGCCAAAGCACACACGACCUCAUGGGCGCACAGCAGGAGUUCUGGCAGUUCCAACCGUUCUUUUAG